ACUCCGGGGACUCCGCAUCCCAGUCGUCCCUCCCGGACCAGAGGAAAGGACUCCUGUUGGGUGAAACUUAGAUUUCCCUGUGCGUCUAACUCGGCUAGGCUAGCGCGCACCAUCUGCCAAGCCAUAGAGGGUUUCGUUUUUCACCAGCCUGGUGUUUGAGAAAACCCGCAAGGAGUGAGUGGUGAGAGGAAGAAGCGUUAGAAACUUCGGGAGCGGGGACGUUUUCUCGGAAGUGACGGGAGCCUCAGACCUACGGUUCCCGGGGCCGGUGGCGGCGGCGUCCUUGGCCUGGACGCUCUGAAGGGUCCGGCCGCUGCCGCGUGACCAACACCGAAGACCCCAGAAACGCCAUGGAUUCCACGCUGGCACCAGCCGGUUCCGCCACGGGCCCGGUCACCUUCUCCCACGUCUUCGGUCAGCAGUGCCAGCUUAUGGAAGCAGCUGUGCAAUCAUUGUACACCCUAAAUGACCAGAUAUCCCAUUUUAUUGUCACCAAGUCAAAGGCACUGGAAGAGGACAAAGACCCCUUCCUACCCACUGAGAAGGAGACUCUGAAGAGUUCCAUGAUCCUGAUGAGGCACCUCUUAAUGGACGCUCAGGCCAAAAUCCUGAGCAUGAUGGAAGACAAUAAGCAGCUCGCGCUCCGCAUCGAUGGGGCGGUCCAGUCGGCCAGCCAGGAGGUGACCAACCUGCGAGCCGAACUCACGGCCACCAACCGGAGACUGGCGGAACUGAGCGGCGGCGGCGGCGGCGGCCCCGGCCCGGGCCCGGGAGCGGCGGCCAGCGCCUCGGCGGCGGCGGCGGCGGCGGCGGCGGACUCGGCGGCGGCGAACAUGGAGAACCAUCAGCACGGCGCGCAAGUGCUCCUGCGGGAAGAAGUGUCCCGGCUCCAGGAGGAAGUCCACCUUCUCCGCCAGAUGAAGGAGAUGUUGACGAAGGACCUGGAGGAGUCGCAGGGUGGCAAGUCCUCCGAGGUCCUGUCAGCCACCGAGCUCAGGGUCCAGCUGGCCCAGAAGGAGCAGGAGCUAGCCAGAGCCAAAGAAGCCUUGCAGGCCAUGAAAGCCGACCGGAAGCGCCUAAAGGGCGAGAAGACCGACCUGGUGAGCCAGAUGCAGCAGCUGUACGCCACGCUGGAAAGCCGCGAGGAGCAGCUGCGCGACUUCAUCCGCAACUACGAGCAGCACCGCAAGGAGAGCGAGGACGCCGUCAAAGCCCUGGCUAAGGAGAAGGACCUGCUGGAGCGUGAGAAGUGGGAGCUUCGGCGCCAAGCCAAGGAGGCCACGGACCACGCCACGGCGCUGCGCUCCCAGCUGGACCUCAAGGACAACCGGAUGAAGGAGCUGGAGGCCGAGCUGGCCAUGGCCAAGCAGUCCUUAGCUACGCUGACCAAGGACGUCCCCAAGCGGCAUUCCCUCGCCAUGCCGGGCGAGACGGUGCUCAACGGCAACCAGGAGUGGGUGGUGCAGGCGGACCUCCCGCUGACCGCGGCCAUCCGGCAGAGCCAGCAGACUCUCUACCACUCUCAUCCCCCCCACCCUGCAGACCGGCAAGCGGUCAGGGUGAGCCCCUGCCACUCGCGGCAGCCCUCUGUCAUCUCCGACGCAUCUGCCGCCGAAGGCGACCGGUCGUCCACGCCAAGCGACAUCAACUCCCCUCGGCACCGGACACACUCCCUCUGCAACGGCGACAGUCCCGGCCCAGUUCAGAAGAACCUGCACAACCCUAUUGUACAGUCACUAGAGGAUCUUGAAGACCAAAAACGGAAAAAGAAGAAAGAGAAGAUGGGAUUCGGCUCCAUCUCGCGCGUCUUCGCCAGAGGGAAGCAGCGGAAGUCCCUCGACCCCGGCCUCUUUGAUGACUCGGACAGCCAGUGCAGCCCCACGCGGCAGAGCCUCAGCCUGUCGGAGGGCGAGGAGCAGACGGACCGGCUGCAGCAGGUGGAACUGGUCCGGACCACCCCCAUGUCCCACUGGAAGGCUGGCACCGUCCAGGCCUGGCUGGAGGUGGUCAUGGCCAUGCCCAUGUACGUCAAGGCGUGUGCAGAGAACGUCAAGAGUGGGAAGGUGCUGCUGAGCCUGAGUGACGAGGACCUGGAGCUGGGCCUGGGCGUGUGCAGCUCCCUGCACCGGCGCAAGCUCCGGCUGGCCAUCGAGGACUACCGCGACGCGGAGGCGGGCAGGAGCCUGUCCAAAGCUGCUGACCUGGACCAUCACUGGGUGGCCAAGGCCUGGCUGAAUGACAUCGGCCUGUCCCAGUACUCUCAGGCCUUCCAAAACCACCUGGUCGACGGGCGGAUGCUACACUCCCUGAUGAAGCGGGACCUGGAAAAGCACCUGAACGUGUCCAAGAAGUUCCACCAGGUCAGCAUCCUGCUGGGGAUCGAGCUGCUGUACCAAGUGAACUUCAGCAGGGAGGCCCUCCAGGAACGCCGUGCCCGCUGCGAGACCCAGAACAUAGACCCUGUGGUCUGGACCAACCAACGGGUGCUCAAGUGGGUGCGGGACAUCGACCUGAAGGAGUACGCAGACAACCUGACCAACAGCGGCAUCCACGGUGCUGUGUUGGUGCUGGAGCCCACGUUCAAUGCCGAGGCCAUGGCCACUGCCCUGGGCAUCCCCAGCGGGAAGCACAUCCUUCGGAGACACCUGGCAGAGGAGAUGACUGCCGUCUUCCACCCAGCCAACUCCUCAGGCAUCCGGGAGGCUGAGCGUUUCGGAACACCCCCAGGGAGGGCCUCCAGCGUCACCCGGGCUGGGAAGGAGGAGAGCAGCGGCGGCAUUAAAUACAAGGCUGGCCGGCUGCCACUGGGGAAGAUAGGAAGGGGCUUCAGCAGCAAAGACCCCGAUUUUCAUGAUGACUAUGGCUCUCUUCAAAAUGAAGAUUGUGGAGACGACGACCCCCAGGGCAGGCCAGAGCAGUGCCGGCUGGAAGGCUACAAUGGCCUCGAGGUCACCAAUGUGUAAGGGACUGACGACCCACCAGCCCCAACACGGACACACCCGCGGAGGAAGGGUAGCCAGAUGCUGUCACCACUGCACGUAGUGGCCGCGGGCCAGGGAUGCGCCCCUCCCGGGCACAAUCCCAGCAGACUGUCGCAGUUUCAGACGGGCGCUCCGAGGAACGAGGGGACACCGGCCUGCCUGUCUUCAGCGGGUUGUGGACCUGUCCGCUCAGUGGGAGGACCUGUCGGCCCAGCCUCUCUAUAACCCAGGCCCCACCCAGAGUGACCGCCAGCCACUGAGCAGGCCGGGUGGUCCCCGGGGCCUUGAACUGAGCUGCCGCCGUUGGAAGGAGGCAGGCAGUUCCCCAAGAGCACCCUCCCAGAAAGCGCAGGUGCGGCUCCAGCCGGACACACGGCACCCAGCAAGGGCGGUGCCAGGGGCGAGCACAGCCUGAGGCUGACCCGUCGGCACGGGGGCCCUUCCAGCCAGCCUGGCGGGGCUCCUGGCUCCAGCACCUGUGCCCCCCACAACUGAGCACCCGGGUUCUGACUCAGCUCGCUGAAUCUCCCUUGGGAGACUGCAAAAUGGGGCGGCCACUCCCUUCCACCCCAAAAGCCAUGGGGCACAUGGGGUGGACGCGGAGAAGAGCCUUUUGCCUGCUCCCAGGCCGGGCUCCAGCGCCGGGAGGGUGCGGGGCGGGGCUUAGCAGCAACGGUUCCAGGAAAUGCAGGUUUCCUGUCGUCAGGAUGGACAUCCUGAGGACGGGAUCCGGGCUGACUGACUCAGGCCGGCGACGACCAAGUUCGACAACGGGGUUGGGAUUGGGGGCAGGGAAAUGCUUGUCACUAUUAACCCAACAAACCUGUGUGGUGAGGUCUCAGUCACCUGGAACGGGGGUGUGUUCACCAAUGCCCUCAUGGAGAUGAAGGCUGGAAAGCAAAGUCAUUGACGUGGUGGAGAGAACCCACCCCCCGCCCUUUUCCUGACUCUGCCACUGUUUGGCUAUGUGGCUUCUUGCUGGUGGCCUCACCCCUCUGUGCCUCAACACCUGCAUCCACAACACUUCCUGGUUCCCUCCCAGGGACAUUGUGAGAAUUAACACGUGCUAAUGUCUGUAACCCACUUUGUAACCUCUCAGGAGACAGGUGGCAAGCAACCAGGCUAGAAGGGAGCUGUGAGUUCCCACUGACAGCACCGGACUGACCUUGAACUGGUUCUCCCCAACAGUGUUCCGGUUGGAACAACAUGCACAAGGAGGAAAGGAAUGCUUAAUGUUCAGACUCUCUAGAGCCCCCAGUAGGGCUUGACCAAAAAGAGAGAGAGAGAGAGGAAAAAAAAGUCCACAGACACAACCCUUGAAAACCAGUUGGAUCUAUGUGUUCGGGCUCGAGUCUGUUGACCUCAGCGCUGAGUGAUGACUUGGGAGGGACGACAUGCACUG